CUUACAGCAACAGGCUCUUCUUGGAGAAGCUGAGGAUUGUGGGAGUUGCAGUUGUCUCUCACAGCAGGAUGUUUGGCUUUGUGCUGCUCUGCUGCUGCUCCUUCAGUUUGCUGCGCCUCUCCUCCUCUUUGGUCCAUGGAAACGUCCCGCUGGAUGAAGGUCCAGCAGCCGGACGCAGAUCUGACUCCUCCUUCAUGUCUGACAUUGCAGAGAGAGGCCACGCCCCUGAUCCUCCACAGGACCCUGUCCUCCUACCUGUGGACUCCGUGGAGGAUCACUUCCUGAUGGACACAGGCUCCUACGAUGAGGACUCCGCAGGCUUGCAGCUGCAGGGUCGGGCCAUGCGUUCUCCUCGUCGGUGCAUCCCUCACCAGCAGUCAUGUCUGGGUUACCCACUGCCCUGCUGCGACCCCUGCGACUCCUGCUACUGCCGCUUCUUCAACGCCAUCUGUUACUGCCGCCGGGUGGGCCCCGCCUGUCCACCCAGACGCACCUGAUGACUCACAACA